CGUUCUGAGGGCGCGCGCGAGGGCGCUUUCUCCAUGAUAGACGUCAAGAAAAUCUUGGCGUUACAGUUUGGAGAGAGAGAGAGAGAGAGAGAAAAGAGAGAGAGGAGAGAUAGAGAGAGGGGAGAAAGGAAGGGAAGGGAAGAGAAGUCGCCGCAUAUCCAGGACAGACGUUUAUAUGAAUGAAAGAAAAUCCUCUUUUCAUUUGCAAUCACUUUAUCAACAAGUUAGUUCGAGUUAAUAGAUAGAUAGAUAGAUAGAUAGAUAGAUAGAUAGAUAGAUAGAUAGAUAGAUAGAUAGUCCUGCAAUGAUUUCACUCCUGUUUUUUGCCUCUCUGCAACACCGCCUGAGGGAAAGCUUACAUCAGAAGACUCGGCAAUGAUUACACCUCUGUUGUUGUUGUUGUUGUUGAUGUUUUUUCUUUCUUCUUCAUCUUACUCUCAGUCCUUUUGAACGACGUGACACACCUCCAAAAAAAAAAGCUGAACUUCACACACUUUUGACGGGAAAAUGUGCGCUGAAUGGUGUUGUGAAUAGCCAGAAGACGGAGAACAUUACGGUUUCGCCUUUAAAAAGGGACGAAGAAGGGAAAAAAAGAGAAAGCUUUUAGCUUGGCUUGAGCUAAUUGGAGGCAAUAAUCCUCCUCAUCAUCCCCACAGGCGCCUGAGAGCAGCCCGGAGCGACACGUCUCUUCUCCUUCUCCUCCAGAGCUCUGCUGUUAUUUCAGGAGAAAAGAAAAAAAAAAGAACAAACGCUGGACGCCGGAGCGACAAAGUUACCCGGACAUAAAAGAGAAGAUAAACCGGAGAUUUAAAUUUCCCUUUCAAGGAAGGAAGAAGCAUGUCGCGCUUGUCUCUGACCCGCUCGCCGGUCUCUCCCCUGGCGGCACAGGGCAUCCCGCUGCCUGCCCAGCUCACCAAAGCCAACGCUCCCGUGCACAUCGACGUAGGGGGGCACAUGUACACGAGCAGCCUGGCUACGCUCACCAAGUACCCUGACUCCAGGAUCAGCCGUCUCUUUAACGGCACCGAGCCCAUCGUACUGGACAGUCUGAAGCAGCACUAUUUCAUCGACAGGGACGGAGAGAUUUUCCGCUUCAUCCUCAGCUUCCUCAGGACCUGCAAGCUGCUGCUGCCUGAAGACUUCAAGGACUUCCACCUGCUCUACGAGGAGGCCCGGUACUACCAGCUCACCCCCAUGCUGAAAGAGCUGGAGCGCUGGAAGCAGGAGCGUGAUCAGCGGCGCUCGGCUCAGCCCUGCGAGUGUCUGGUGGUCCGCGUGACCCCCGACCUCGGCGAGAGGAUCGCUCUCAGCGGGGAGAAGAUCCUCAUCGAGGAGAUCUUCCCCGAGACCGGAGACGUCAUGUGCAACUCGGUGAACGCCGGCUGGAACCAGGACCCCACCCACGUCAUCCGCUUCCCUCUCAACGGCUACUGCAGACUCAACUCCGUACAGGUCCUGGAGCGUCUGUUCCAGAAGGGCUUCAGCGUCGCGGCGUCAUGCGGGGGCGGAGUCGACUCCUCCCAGUUCAGCGAAUAUGUGUUGUGUCGCGAGGACAGGCGGAGCCAAAACAUGAACACGCCCCUCAGGAUAAAGCAGGAGCCGCUGGACUAGAGACACACGCUUCUCGUCACUGACACAGACUGACCUGCCCUUAGACACACAUAUACACACACACACACACUCACAAUCACACACACAAUCACACGGACGUAGACGUACGUCUGUUACCUAACGCGGAAUGUAACAGAACAAACGCAAACACAAGAACAACCCAAAGAACUGGAAACACAAAACAACGAGAAGAAGCAUUUCAUUUAGACGCCAGCCAAUAGGAAGCCGGCUUCUCCUACAGGCUCCUCCUUCUGUCAGUGCGGCGGGAGUCGUUUUGACCGGGUCGUAUUCAGGGAUGCCCGCUCACCCCAGACAACAGCGAUAAGGUGCAGUGAACAGACUCAGUGCUCAGAGGACUGGCCAAAACUAUUGUUUCAUGUUAUUGUUGUUUAUAAAACAUAAAAGAAAAAAAAAAGGAAAAACACACACUUCUUACUCUUUGUCUGCCACCGUGAUGUAUACAGUCCCUAAUGAUCUGUAUUUUUUUUUAAUGUUCUUUGUUUACUUUAUGUUUCUUUUGUUAUAUGAAGGAUGAAUGCGAGCCGCGCUCACGCGGAGAGCAGGAGCGAGUCGCUGCCUCUCUGAAACGCUCUCGUAGCCCGAGGCGGCACAGUUAACACACCGCGCACUGUAAUGCAUCCAGAGCCCAGAGAAGGCCGCUUUGUUUAAACAGAGCUGCGAGCGAACAAAAGCAUUACUAAAGCUCUUCCUGCAGCAGGCCCAGGUAACACAGAGAGAGAGAGCGUGUGUGUGUGUGUGUGUGUGUGUAAUACAAUUCUCAUGACAUAUCACUAAACAUUCAGAUCCAGCAUCAGCCGUGCGCCAGUGUGUGUGUGUGUGUCUGUGAAAGAAAGCAGCGGCGAAAUCAACAGUUGAAAUUGUACAUUUAUGCUGACCAUUUUUUCCCUUUAUGAUCAGGAUUGUGUCAGAACGACAACCGGACAUGCUCGAGUAUGUCUAUAGAAUAUCUGCACUUAGACAAACUAGAACAAGAAGCCUUGGAGCACUAGCGUAUAGCAUAAGCGUGCCAUUGGUAAUACACUGCCUGGACAAAAAAAAAAUUCAGUUUUUUAAAAGUUGCACUCUCUAAUAUUAAUUCAGUCACCUAUAAAACUCUUUUUUUCAGAGACUGGUACUAUACAGUACAUGACAUGACCUCUUGCUUCCAUCUGUACUCAUCAGAUCACAUGACCUUUUUCCAUUUCUCCAAAGUCCAACCUUUUUUUCAGCCUGAUUUUCUCCCUAAUUUAGUCGUAUCCAAUCGCUCCCAGUCACUAGGGGGCGCCCACAUUUAGCUACUACAACCACUCAGUCGGGAGGGCCGAAGACUAUCACGUGUCUUUUUUGAACCGCUUGCAAGUGGUUUUCUUGCGGACACACAGCUGUUUAGUUCUAAUCCCGCGGGUUCUCAUCGCUCUUACUUUAACUAUUAAACACAGCUCCGAUUUCUUCUGUCCAUUUUUUACAACGCAACUCCAUUAAGCGUUUACGUGAUCUCCGUUCACGAUUUUUUUUUAUCGGACCUUUAAUCCAAUUCGUUUCAAAUCUCUUUAGUUGUUCUUUUUGCUUGACGCAGGUCAAUAUUUCGACCCUUAUUUCGAAACUGCGAUUUAUUAAUAUUUAAAUUUUUUUGGCCAGGCAGUGAUAUUUAAAUAUCUCCAAUGCGAGAAGCUCAUUAAUCAUGAAGACUUUACGUUAUUGUUGUGGUUCUUAAGGUGCAUUAAAUCUCUUUCAUUUACGGCAGUGUGUGGUAGCUGAAUCUUCUCUCUGUAUCACGUCAUCAUGUCCUCAGAUGCGUAAGGAUGCUGAAUACACUCCGGGCACUAGUGAGACCUAAAAGUGGGAUCAGUCUCUUUUUAAAAAAAUAAUAAUAAUAAAUAAAAAAAUCCUGUAAUAUUUGUUAAAGGUUUCCUCAUAUGAAUAAAGUAUCUGUUCAGAGACAGCAUUUGCACUCAGAACUCAAAA